CGAUGAGCAGGAGAAAUAGUUCUGUCCUACACAAUAAUAGUCUAUUGUUCCUCUUAGAGGCUUUAUGCACCAAACUUCUUGUUGAAUAAAUAAAUAUAAAUGGUUAAAAAUGCACUUUAGAAUCGAUGUUUUUAUGUGAGGAUCGAUCCGCCCAUCCCUAAGUUUUACUGGCAUUGUGUACUUUUUUCCUCCUAGUCUCAAAUCAUGAGGAAGUAUCCAAAAGCAGGGAAGCGUAUGAAUGCUUUCAUUAUUCAGCCUGAUUUUCAACACUCUGCUCCUCAAACAGCACUUGAAGAACAACACGGAGAUGAAGUGGACACUCAGAUUUGGACUUGUCCUGGUGGGCUUUGCUUUUUGGUGUGUUUCGUCUAAAGAUGUUUAUGUGUUCCAGAACGUUGUUGACUGUGAGUUUAGCAAAGAGGAUUUGUCUGACAUGGUCUACAAAGUGAAGCUGGUCUUCAACCAAAAGCUUAUGUGCAGUUACGACUCAAGGGUGGGCAAGUAUGUUGGUUAUGAUGAGUAUGGGAUUAUUAAUGCUAACCAUUACAACAAUCAGAGCUGGAAGAUGAAAGAGCGGAAGGAGGAGGUGGAAACGCUGUGCAAAGCUAAUGCCAGACUUUAUAUCAAAAGCGAAACAAGAAAGGUGGCACCCGUUGUUAUCGUACGCUCCAAUGGUAAGGCUCGUUACGGUCAGCUGACCACGUUGGAGUGCCAUGCGUACGAUUUCUAUCCCCAGGCCAUCAAUGUCACCUGGCUGCUGGACGGAUCAGAGGUCACUGGUGACGUGGUCUCUACUGAAUUCAUGGAUAAUGGGGAUUGGAGCUACCAGAUGCAUUCGUAUCUGGAGCUGGUGCUCCAUAGAGGAGUCACAGUGAGCUGCCGAGUGGAGCACAGUGGGCUGGAGGAACCUCUCGUCGUUCAGUGGGACUCGAGCUUUCUCGAUACCAGAAUCACAAAGAUAGUUGUGGGUUGCUCUUUUUUCAUUAUCGGCCUUGUUGUGGCCCUUUCUGCUCUAUACUGGUACUUCAAGAAACAGCACAGAGGUUUUAACUCUCUUCCCCUGCAUUGAGAGUUGUAAUGAUUUUGUGAUGUUAAGGGUUGAAUCCAGUAGGAGUUAUCAACUCUGCUUUUGCAUGUGUGUAUGUAAAUAUUUUAUUUCCUCCUGUUGUUGUAUAUUAUUACUACUUUUAAUAAAGGCUUAAUGGCUUA